AUGAAUUGGGAAGGAAAGAACCAGGGGACACCUGGUGACAAUCCAAUCGGAACAUUCCGAUGGAAUCCAUUAGACCUGAACAACUUGCCUGAUGAUCAUAAUCGAGAUAGAGAUAGAGACAGAGAAAAUGGUAAACAAAUCAUCGACGGCGACGCCUCCUCCUCCUCAGGCCAUAGAAAAAAGAAAAGCGGCGGAAAAGAUGGAAAAGACGAGAGUGGGAAGGUCUACGAGUGUAGGUUUUGUUCCCUCAAGUUCUGCAAAUCUCAAGCUCUUGGGGGACACAUGAACCGCCACCGCCAAGAGAGGGAGACAGAGACACUAAACCGUGCUCGUCAGCUCGUCUUCAACAACGAUAACCUAGCCGCUCCUGGCCCUCCUCAUUUAGGGUGCUGCCAUCCGAUGACACCUCCAGGAGGGUACCCCCACCCAAUUGCAGGAUCAGCUCCCGGUGACCCAACAGCAUUGCCUCUGAGAUUCCCUGCAAGAAUGUUUUCUGGUUCUCCUUCCACACAACUCAUACCUCCGCCACCAGCAGCCGCCCCAGGUCCACCACAGCCGCCGCAGCCCUACUUAUACCCCUCUCCUUCACGCCCCAUGUCCUCCUACCCUUCUUCACACUAUCAACACCACAAUGACUACUACGUCGGGCAUGUCCUCGGCGGUAACAACACUAGUGCUUCCCAGUACGGCCAUCAUCUGAACUAUGGCGCCGCGGCGGGUGCACAAGAUCAUCAUCAGUCCACCAACAACAGCGGGUAUAAUAACUAUACUUGUAUUGGUGCUCCGGUCACGCAUAGCGGAGGGUUUGGGCAAGGAAGUAGCAGCCUGAGUUCGGAAAUGACUGGAUCCGCAGGAGGAGGCGGGGUCGGUGGUGGAGCCAGGGAUGCGUCGAUGAACUACUCAGGAACACAGCCCCCUGCUCCUCCUUCCAUCAACCGGUUUCAACAUGGCUUCUAA